GCUGCUGUCAAGCUAGCACGAUGACCAAGCUAGCUUGACGAGUCCACGUCCAUCAAAAACUUUUCGGCUAAACUUUGUCUCUUUUUUGAGGAGCACCAUCGUUACUAAACCAUGUUAACGGUGGCGGUUACCUUUUUAGCGGGGCUAUUAGCUGCUCUUGUCUAUCAGAAAAUGUUUUAUCCUUUCCUGUGGGCGGAUUUGGGCUAUUACUUCAAACUCCGGAUGUACAGAAAGUCUCUGCUCGCUCGCACGCAGCGAGGAAUUAUCACCUAUUUGGACUGUUUUCUUCUCCAAGUCAGGACGAAGCCGGACAAAACUUUCAUUAUCCACGAAGACCAGAGAUUGACGUACCGAGACGUGGACAGGAGAAGUAACCAGUUUGCCAACGCGCUCGGGCGGAAGUGUUUAAAAGAAGGAGACAUUGUUGCUAUGUUGAUGACCAACGAGCCGGAUUUUAUUCACGUGUGGUUUGGACUUUGUAAACUCGGCUGUCAAGUUGCCUUUCUCAACACCAACAAUAAAUCUAAAUCUCUGCUGCACUGCAUCAGAAGUUGUGACGCCAAGGCGCUAGUCGUAGGCACAGGUCUGGUUCAUUUGGUGGAAGAUCUGCUUCCUGACCUCAAGGAGGACAAUACGAUUGUGUUUGUGGCACAUCAGUCGGCACCUUCAGAGGGUUUCAUCAGUUUACUGGAUAAGUUGGAAAACAACUCAACAGAAAACCAAAAUGGGCUACCCAAAGUUGAUAUUAUGUCCAACUUCCUCUUCAUAUUUACUUCAGGCACGACAGGUCUCCCAAAGGCAGCUCGUGUGAGUCAUCUUAAAGCCAUCAUGAGUAUGGCACUUUUUCACAUGUGCGGGGUUACAUCUGAUGACAUCAUCUACAUCACCCUUCCUCUUUACCACAUGUCUGCUUCCCUGUUAGGGAUUGGAGGAGCAAUACAGCUCGGUGCAACUUGCGUCUUAAAGAAGAAGUUUUCUGCAAGUCAGUUUUGGAAGGAUUGUGUGAAAUAUAAUGUGACUGUGGUGCAAUACAUCGGAGAGCUCUGUCGAUAUUUGGUCUCCCACCCUAGGGUUCCAGAGGAGAGUAGUCACUCUGUUCGUCUUGCAACAGGAAGCGGGCUUAGGUCAGACGUGUGGAAGGAGUUUGCCAAACGCUUUGGGAGGAUCAAGAUCAGAGAAGGCUAUGGUUUAACUGAGGCCAGCAUUGGCUUCCUUAACUACACUGAUGAGGUUGGACCCAUUGGAAGAGCAAGCGCCUUCAACAAGCUUUCAAUGCCAUUUGAACUCUUGAGAUAUGACACGCAAUCAUAUGAGCCCCUCAGAACAGCCUCUGGAAGAUGUGUACGAGCACAAAAAGGUGAGGCUGGUAUCCUGGUAGCUCCUUUAACACCUAUGAACCAGUUCCCGGGUUACGCUGGAAAUAAGGUCCAGUCUGAGAAGAAGUUGGUCAAGGAUGUUUUCAGGACGGGUGAUGUCUAUUUCAACACCGGAGAUCUCCUGCUUCAGGACCAAAGAGACUUUCUUUACUUCCGUGACCGCGUCGGAGACACUUUCAGGUGGAAAGGAGAGAAUGUAUCCACCAUGGAAGUUUCAGAGGUUUUAUGUCCUCUUGACUUUAUUCAGGAUGCCAGUGUUUAUGGGGUCACCAUAUCAGGAUAUGAAGGCCGAGCAGGCAUGGCUGCUAUUGUUUUAAAAGCCGACCACGGACUGAACGGUGCAGAACUCUACAAGCACUUGGUUGAAGCACUUCCUUCGUAUGCCUGGCCAUGGUUUCUCAGAAUACGGCCCUCUCUGGAUGUGACGGACACCUUCAAGCAGCAGAAGGGCAAACUAGUCCAGGAAGGCUUUAACCCAGACGUCAUAAUGGAUCCUCUGUUUUUCUUGGAUAUCACUCAGAGGGACUAUAUUGUCCUCAGUGGAUCCCUGUAUGAGGAUAUUGUGCUGGGAAAAAUCAAACUAUAAUGUACAACGAGUACCGGUAAUAAGGUCGUCAUUAGAGUCUAAGCAUUAAAAUAGAUUAUACAAAACCCAAAACCAGUGAAGUUGGCACAUUGUGUAAUUAGUAAAUAAAAACAGAAUACAAUGAUUUGCAAAUCCUUUUCAACUUAUAUUCAAUUGAAUAGACUGCAAAAACAAGAUAUUUAAUGUUCGAACCGAGAAACUGAUUUUUUUUUGCAAAUAAUCAUUAACUUAGAAUUUAAUGUCAGCAACACAUUGCAGAAAAGUUAGCACAGGGGCGUUUUUACCACUGUGUUACAUGGCCUUUCCUUUUAACAACACUCAGUAAACAUUUGGGAACUGAGGGACCAAUUUUUUAAGCUUUUGAGGGGGAAUUCUUUCCCAUUCUUGCUUAAUGUACAGCUUACGUUGUUCAACAGUCUGGGUUUGCCAUUGUGGUAUUUUAGGCUUCAAAUUGCGGCACACAUUUUCAAUGGAAGACAGUUCUGGACUACAGGCAGGCCAGUCUAGUACCCGCACUCUUUUACUAUGAAGCCACGCUGUUGUAACACGUGGCUUGGCAUUGUCUUGCUGAAAUAAGCAGGGGCGUCCAUGAUAACGUUGCUUGGAUGGCAACAUAUGUUGCUCCAAAACCUGUAUGUACCUUUCAGCAUUAAUGGUGCCUUCACAGAUGUGUAAAUUACCCAUGCCUUGGGCACUAAUACACCCCCAUACCAUCACAGAUGCUGGCUUUUCAACUUUGCGCCUAUAACAAUCCGGAUGGUUCUUUUCCUCUUUGUUCCGGAGGACACAACGUCCACAGUUUCCAACAACAAUUUGAAAUGUGGACUCAUCAGACCACAGAACACUUUUCCACUUUGCAUCAGUCCAUCUUAGAUGAGCAGGGGCCCAGCGAAGCCGGCGGCGUUUCUGGGUGUUGUUGAUAAAUAGCUUUGGCUUUGCAUAGUAGAGUUUUAACUUGCACUUACAGAUGUAGCGACCAACUGUAGUUACUGAAAGUGGUUUUCUGAGCCCAUGUGGUCAUAUCCUUUACACACUGAUGUCGUUUUUUGAUGCAAUACCGCCUGAGGGAUAAAAUCAUUGUAUUCUGUUUUUAUUUACGAUUUACACAACGUGUCAACUUCACUGGUUUUGGGGUUUGUAUUUACCAAUAGUUUUAAUAAUUCCAGUUCCUUAAAGCAUAUAAAAUCAUUAAAACCAGCAUUAUCUGCAGUGGACAUUUGUUGUCCAUUUAUUUCUUUUAUCAGCAUUAUACAUCACACACAAAAAAUAGUCUUGUGAUGCAAAACACAAGCAUCCACUGCAGGGAACGCUGGUUCUCAGGCGUACAGUCGUGGUCAAAAGUUUACAUACACUUGUAAAGAACAUAAUGUCAUGACUGU